AAACCGCCAUCAACAAAUAUUCCUUUUUCCUUACUGCGUCAAACCAAAAUUCAAAGAUGUCUAUGUGCAUCACCCAACCGUACAUCCAAUGUGUAGGACUGAUGAUAUUCAUCGCCGUACUGCUUAUCACUGGUGUUCAAGGAAAAGAUGAGAGAUGUCGUCAACCGGUUACAGAAAAUUGUAAUGCUUCAGAGUCGUAUAUCGAUGGUUGGAAAUUUACCGGGUGGUACUACCACGAGGAGUUAAGAGUGUGCCGACCUUUAUAUACGCCGAAUGGAUGGCACACUUGCCCGGAAAACUAUGAACUACCCGAGGCCAGAGAAAUGUGCGAAGACUUAUGCGCUGACACGUGCUACAGGACCAACGGUAUGCUGGGCGUUUGCAUGUCCAAUGAAAUAUGCAGAUUUUCCAACGAUAAAAAGCCUCCAGCACUCUAUCCAUGCGGCGAUUACAGCUUAAAUUGCUGUGCCAAAGCAUCUGACAAUGAGUUGAAAUCAUUCCCCGGGCUUGUAUUUGAUAAAGGUGGGAUCGUCUUCAGAGCAGUCCGUAAAAAUCUCAGUGAUCCAGGAUAUGGUUAUGAGGAAUUUACUUACAUCUACUAUUUACCGUAUUAUAUAAAUGACAAGGGUAAACGUUAUAAUUAAUACUUUAUCAUACUAUAUAUAAUAUAUUAUAUAUUAUAUUUUGCAUUUAUUUUAUUUAAUAAAAAUAAAAUACAUGAUACAUUUUAUUAUACAUAAAAUACUUGACAUUAUCAUAAAUAACGGGAGUAACCCGUUUCCACUAAACGUGGAACUUUCACUUUCCCCUACCAAUACCGGUUUCUACCAAAAAAUAUGUACCUUUCUCUUUUCCACCAAUAUCCGUUUUCACCAAAUGAGAACCACCUCACUUAAUCAUGUUUUUAUCAAAACUAUUUGUAUAAUACGCUUAUAUUAAAACCUUUAAUACGGUAAUAAGUUUAUUUAACAUACUAAUUCUGGGUUGAAAAAAUGAUAUAUUAUGGCAUACUUAGCCAUGUAUAUUGUAUUCAUAUGAUAUUAUAUACCUAUAUAAUUGAUUAUUGUAUAUAUUUUUUUAAAUUUUAUAAUAUACUUUUCGUGAGUUUUUAGUAUUGAUGUAAAUUGUAUACAAUAUAUAUUUAUAAAUAUACACAUAUAAUCAAUGUAUAUUGUAAGUUAAUCAUAUUUGAUAUGUUAACCGUUAUCAUACUUACCUUUUAUGUCGAUUAACCUAAAUAAUAUUUAACGGGAUUAUAUUUUAUGAACAAGCGAAAAGGUUGCACAGUUUAAAUUGUGAAUUACAACUGUUUGUGUUAAAAUAAUACGUGUUGUACCUUUUAAUAUUGGCGUAAUAUACAAUUGUUUUGGUGAAAACGUAGUCAAUAUCUAAUUUGGUGGAAACGGAUAUUGGUGGAAAAUGGAAAUGUCCAUUUUUAGUGGGAACAGGUACCGCCUUAAUUCAACUUAUACUGUCGAUGUAUUUAUUUUAUAUAAAUUGUUUAUUGUACUAUAAUAGAUCAAAUAAAAAUAUAUAUUGAUA